AUGUUUGGUGAAGCCAUAGUUAAACAAGUAGUUGAUCUUUUAUUAAAGAAAAAUGAUCCUGAAAGUGAAUCGAGUGAUACAAGUACGUCAGCUACAGAAGAAACAUCGACACAGGAACUUACUCAGGGGACAACGACGGCCCAAGGAGAAUCACCAGAAACAACAUCGUCGACAGAAACUUCAUCAACUAACUCUUCUUCAUUAUUAGGCUUGAAUUUGGGAUUAAAGGAUUCUGAAUCAACAUCUUUUCCAACAAGAACUUUUUUGGAUGAAGUAGGAGAAAUAGAAGACAGCGAAGAAAAAGCUGAUAAAGCAUCAAAAGUUAACGCAAAUAAACAAGCAACAGAAACAACAACGACUUUUUCUUCAUUUGACUUGAUAAACAAUACAAAUCUCUUCUCCAACAACUUGUUGGCUGUUAAGGCUGAUGGUAUAUCAAAAAUUAAAGAAGACCAAAAAGCAAAACAAAGUGCAAAAAUCUCUUCACUAGCAGAAUUGUUGCUUGUUGCAGCUAAAAAAGCUUCAGAAAUAAGACGCGACAAAGAAACUCAAGAAACCGCAAUUUAUUCUGCUUCAAUAGACUUGAGGGUUGCUGAAUACGAUAAUGCAUCAAAAAUUAAGGAAGAAAACGAAGCAACAGAAACAGCUAAGAUCUAUUCACUAGCAGCUUUGUUCGUUGCUGCAGCUGAUACAGCAUCAGAAAUUGCCACUCGUGCAUAUGCCAACAUUUUGACAGACUUUUGA